CUAGGCAUGCAGCCUGCUUCUACAAACAUUUGUGAAAGAAUGGGUCACGCUCAGGAGAUCCGUGAAUUCAAGCAUGGUACUGUGAUAGGGAAGUCCAUCCGUGAUAUUUCCUUGCUAGUAAAUAUUCCAUGGUCAACUGUUAGUGGUAUUAUAACAAAGUUGAAUCAACUAGGAACAACAACAACUCAGCCUCUGCCACUAAACUCUAGAGCAGCAGAAACAUGAUCUCUGGAGUAACUAAUCGCACUUCUCUGUGUGGCAAUCAGAUGGACAUGUCUGGGUUUGUCAGUUGCCAGGAGAACUGUACUUGCCUGACUGCAUUGUACCAAGUUUUA